AUGACUAGCUGCUGUGUGUUUGUGUCUCCUUUCAUUUGCUCAGUGGUCUUCAUCUAGAUUUCAGUCCCACAUAGAAUCUUCAAAUUCACUUCUGAAAUUGUUCUACAUCUGCAUUCAUGAGAAUUGUGGCAUUAGCAUAUGAAACAGAUGUGUGGGCAGUAUUUUCCAUCCUUUGACAGCGACCAGCCACCAACUUCAACAAACACAUGACACAAACAGGAGCAUCUGGGGCCAGAAAAUAUCAUACUUUCUCAUGGAGAGGAAGACGCAUUACGAUUCGAUCCUGGACCGAAGCAAACGCAUUACGUGGCAGGACGACUGCUAUGUGGAUCUUCAGUCUAUGUCGUGCUUGGCCUCUUCACAAGCAGAGAUGGAGGAUCUUAAUUGGGUCCAAAAGCAUCAAGACCAGCUGCAACGCUUCAGUACAGCCUCUUUCCUAGAGGGGAUGUUAGGCCACCUGCGAAAGAUGGAUAUGCUGAGUUCAGCGGAGGAGUCCAAGAUCAAGGGAGUGGGCCGGUUGCAGGACCAGGUCAACAUGCUCACAACUAUUGUCACUGGCAAGGACACUCAAAGCUCUGAUGCCCUGCGGGGCUUCAUAGAGAGUUCAGAUUCUCAGGUGGCCCAGCUCAUCAUAAACCACGAUUCCAUGGUGAAGGAGCACAAAGAGGUGCUUUUGCAGCGAUAUGAGCAGCUCAGAGACAGAGAUUCAUGCAGCUGUCCCAAACUGAACAUAUCAUCCAGAAACUUACUUCUGGUCGAUGGACUUUCUGACCUCCAGCAGAAGGAGCAUGACUUGAUGCAGGUGGGGGCAACUCGUGGAGGGAAAAGAAAUCAUCUCAGACAGCUGGGCCUGGCCAAACUCUUGGACCCGCUCACCCGGGUCAGUAUGCCUCCCAGGGUCUCCCUCACAGUUGGGGUGGCUGGUAUCGGCAAGACCACCUGGGUCCGACACUUCGUCAGACAGUGGAGCCAAGGGGCCAUCUGUACAGAUGUGAGCUUUGUCUUGCCUUUCACCUUUUGUGAGCUGAACUCGCUGGAGAAGCUUUCAGCUGAAAAGCUGGUGAAGAUGGCUUUUCCUCAUUUAAAAGACCCCAAUCUGGUCCUGAACAGCUCCUGUCGGACACUGCUCAUCCUUGAUGGUUUGGAUGAAUUCCGCUGCACUUUAAAUUUCUCAGAUGCAGUAUCUUGCAAUGACCCAAAGAAAGAAGUGUCCGUUGAUGACUUAAUUACUAACAUCAUCCGAGGGAAUCUUCUCCCUGACGUAGCAGUGUGGGUCACUUCCAGGCCAGGAGUGGCCUCACUCAUACCUGGAGGAUUGGUUGACAGGGUGACUGAGAUCCCUGGAUUCAGUCCGAAGGACAUCCACAUCUUCCUAAACCACCACUUCUCCGAGAGGGAUUUUGCCACUAAAAUAUGGGCACACCUGGAAUCCCAUAAGAUCUUAAUGGUGAUGUGUUACAUACCAUGUUUUUGCUGGAUAGUGGCUGAUACAUUGAUGUACAUCAUGCAGAGUGAAACCCAAGAGACCCUUCCCAGGACUAGUACUGAGCUCUAUGCCCACUUUUGUUCCAUGAAGGCAGAAGUAGGUGAACCAAGAGGCAGGGAGCCUGUAAAGAUGGAGCAGCUCCAUGGGAGCAAUCGCAAACUACUGGGGAAUCUUGGCCGGCUGGCGUUUUAUGGACUCCUUAAAAACAAGUACACCUUCAGUGAGCAGGACCUCCGGGCCUAUGGGAUAGACCUACUGUUAACUCAAAGUAGUCUUGGUGCUGGACUUCUUAUUCGGGAGGAGUCAGUCAUAUACCCAACAUUCCGGUUCACUCAUUUAACUCUGCAGGAGUUUCUCGCGGCCACCUUCUACCAUGUGUCUUCCAAAAGGGCCAUCUUUGACUUGUUCUCAGAGAGCACCAUGUCCUGGCCCAAGAUUGGUUUCCAGAACCACUUCAAAAGUGCCUUUCAGCACUCACAGCAAGCUGAAGAUGGUCACCUGGAUGUGUUUGUGCGCUUCCUGACAGGUCUGUUGAGCCCAGUGGUAUUGAAAACUCUCGCUGGGCUUUUGGCCAUUGGGAAAGAUGAUGGCAACCAGAAGGCAUGGGCAGCAGGGUUUCUACAAAGCCUAUUGGUCAGCGGGGGUGCUGUGGUAUCCCUACGUACAGUCAACCUGGCUUAUUGUCUACAGGAGCUGCAACACACAGAUCUAUUGCGGAGUGUAGAGGAGGAUCUACGACUUGGUAGUCUGGGUGGGAAGUUAACACGAGCUCAAUGCGUUGUGCUGGGCUACCUGCUGCAUGUUUCUCCAGAGUGCAGUGAACAGAUCAACCUAUCAGCCUCUCUGAACUACACAACAGUAAAAUGCUUGCUCCCACAGCUGCUGUACUGCGGCCAUCUCAGGUUAGAAAAUAAUCACUUCAAAGAUGAUGUAAUGGAAUUGCUGGGAAGCCUCCUGAGUGCCAAAGACUGCCAUAUCCAGAAGAUGAGUUUAGCAGAUAAUACUAUCAGCAACAAAGGUGCCAAGGCCUUGAGUCGAGCCCUUCUGGUGAACCGGACGCUAACUUCUCUCAAUCUCAGGAACAACAACAUUGGCUCAAAAGGUGCUAAGUUUCUGGCAGAAGCUCUAAAAAUGAACCAAGUGCUGGUAUCAAUCAACUUCCAGAACAACGCCAUUGAGGAGGAAGGUGCUCAGGCCCUCGCAGAAGUCCUGCAAUGCAACCGCAAACUGGUGUCUCUGAAUAUAAGGAAGAACACGAUUGGAGCUGUCGGAGCCAAACGGAUUGCAGAUGCGCUGAAGACAAACCGGACUCUCACAAAACUGAUUCUUUGUAGUAACCAGCUCGGGGACAAAGGAACAGUCGCUCUGGCAGAGGCUUUGACCGUCAACCACACUUUGCUCUCACUUCAACUUCAGAGUAACUCAAUCAGCAACAAGGGGAUGACAGCCUUAACCAAAGCACUUAGACAGAACCGGGGCCUCAUCUCUUUGAAUUUAAGAGAGAACUCAAUUGGGGUGGAGGGAGCAAAGAACAUGGCAAAGGCCCUCCAUGAGAACAACUCUCUCCAGGACCUUGAUCUCACAGCCAACCUGUUGCACGAUGAAGGGGUUCAAGCUAUAGCGGGCGCAAUCAAGUGUAAUCAAGGCCUCACCUCUUUGCAUCUGCAGUGGAAUUUCAUCAAGACCUCUGCCACUAAAGCUCUGGCACACGCACUUGUCUCCAACACCACAAUGCAGCUCCUGGAUCUGCAGGAGAAUGCUAUUGGGAAUGAAGGUGUCAUUUUUCUCGCUGAAGCCCUGAAAACCAACACAUGUCUUCGUACAUUAUGUCUCCAGGGGGUCUCAGCAGGAACAAGUGGUGCGGUUGCGAUAGCAGGGGCUCUAAUGACCAACCAAUGCCUGCAAACAUUAGAUCUGCGUGGAAAUGCUGUAGGUAUGGAGGGAGCGAAGGCCCUGGCGAACGCCUUGAAAAGCAACAGAAGCCUCAAGUCUUUGAAUCUGCAGGAGAACUCUCUGGGUAUGGAUGGAGCCAUAUUCAUUGCAACAGCCCUGCAAGGAAACCACCAGUUGACAUACAUAAACUUGCAGGGAAACGGCAUUGGACAAUCUGGAGCAAAAGUCAUAUCUGAUGCCAUAAGAACCAACGCUCCAGGCUGUGUGGUGGAUAUGUGACCAAGGACAGAGCAGCAGCCUCAUAGCACAGGGUCAUAGCACAGAAAUAACAGUAUGCUUUGUUAUCAAAAGUAUGUGUAUAGUCUGUAAUAUAGUUAAACUCUUAUUGUAUGAUGGUACCUAAUAUCACUAUGUAACUGUUAAUUUACUUGAUUACUGUAUUGUUAAAUAUUUGUAUAUUUAUUAAGACACAUUUACAUUUCUUUUGAGAUAGCAGUUAUUCGCUGUAAAGGAAAAUAAGACUCAAGCUUAAAGAUAUUUUUUAUAUGUUUAUGUACUGUAAAAUACACUCAGCAUCCUAACUCAGUGCUGUAUCACUGCUUAUUUGUUUUAAAUAAGAUGUCUGAGCAACCUAAGAUUCUGAAUAUUUGCUCUGUUUGCACAAAUGAAUCUGGGUGCAUGCAAAUAAAGUGGAUAUCACCA